GGGGGCGGGGCGAGGAUCGACGCAAGCGCCGUGAGUUCACCAGGGCUGUUGCUGUGGAAACGGCUCCGAGGGUCCCUCAGCUGCACAGUGAUCCCUGCACGAUGGCCUGGGAUCCUGCUUACCCAGCUCCGGGUCUCCACCUCCACUUCUAGGUAUUUGCGAAUUCGAGCCUCCAGCCUGGGAGUUCAUUCCAGUCAGGUCUGUGGGACUGUAGCUGCCACCUCUUCCUGCAGCGCCAGGCUCCUCCCAGCCUCAAAGUCGAGGAAGUCAUUAUGUGACUAACACCUUUUCAUCAGAUUUCUUCUGAUUUACCCUGAAGUGUGUGUGAGAAUGACGUGCACUGCCAAGAAAUGUGGAAUUAGGUUCCGGCCUCCAGCUAUUAUCCUAAUCUAUGAGAAUGAAAUGAAGGGGAAAAAUCGCCAGCGCAUCAUGCCUGUACGAAACUUUUCAAAGUUUUCAGAUUGCAACCGAGCUGCUGAACAAUUAAAGAAUAAUCCACGACACAAGAGUUACCUGGAACAAGUGUCCCUGAGGCAGCUAGAGAGGUUAUUCAGUUUUUUACGAGGUUACUUGUCGGGACAGAGUUUGGCAGAAACAAUGGAACAGAUUCGACGGGAAACAACCAUUGAUCCUGAGGAAGACCUGAACAAACUAGAUGACAAGGAACUUGCCAAAAGGAAGAGCAUCAUGGAUGAACUUUUUGAGAAAAAUCAGAAGAAAAAGGAUGAUCCAAAUUUUGUUUAUGACAUCGAAGUUGAGUUCCCACAGGAUGAACAACUGCAGUCCUGUGGCUGGGACACAGAGUCAGCUGACGAGUUCUGAUACCCAGAACAUUUACUGGGCGAGCAGAAAAUCCAUGUUUAUAUAGAGGAUGUAUAUUGGUUCUAGAAAAGUCCGUCAAGAACACUAAAUGUACAUGUGGGUCCUGUUUGGAUUGACCAUAUUACUUUUAAAAACCAGGACAUGUAGAACAUCUACUGUAUAAGUAGGUACAUGAGGAAUAUAGGGAAAACAGAAUGUAGGAGUCUGCCUUUAAGGAGCUUACAAUCUAAUUGGAAGAUAAGUCAAAAACUUGUGAAAAGCUAAUUAGCAGUAUUAGUCAGCAAAAAGAUUAAAGCCAAAUGUUUGAUAAUGGCUAAAGAGGGGCAGAGCUUAGAUUAGUGUAGAGUAAAAUAGUCAGGGAAGACUUUGUCCUUUAGUGGUGAGAUGAGACUUUGCAUGGUGGUAUUUGGAUAGAAGCUUAUAUAGGAUUCCAGAUGAGAGAAACUGGAAGGGGAAAAAAUGGGGGAAAAGGUAAGUAAAGAGAUAGGAAUUAGAAAAUUUUAAUUGAGAAACAGUACCAAAUUAGUUUGAUAAGAUUGGAAGGCAUAUAUGGUUAUCAGGGGACUAUCCUGUAUGCAUUGUGUCUUUAUAUGGGUUUAACUCUGGAGUAGAGGAGGACUCCUACAGCAUGCCCUAAAGCUGCAAGUGCAUGUCAUUUGAUGGACAGGAGUGGAAUUCUGCCCCUCCGGUAUCAGGAAAUACAUACCAAAGACAUUUUGAAACCCUAAACCUCUUCUCAUAACUAAGAGAUUUGUUUGUAAAAUGAGAGAUCUACCCAUAAUAAAUGAACAAUAGGUACUGCCAGUUUAGGCCUAUUGAGCUUGGAUUUACAAAGAGAUCUUUGUUGAACAAAGCUAUGUGUGUACAGCUAUACCUUCUUAUUAGAUUAUCAUUGAAUUGGUAGAAAUCCUAUGUAUUCUGCAAGGAAAUUAAUACUCAUUAAAUAGAAUUGUAGAAAUUAUUCUUUCUACCUGUCCAUUCCUACUCUCUUUACCAUUAAAAGCCCCAUUAAAGGGAUCAUUCUUAGUGUGAUAAAGGCAGGGACUUAUGAUGGUCAUGUCUCAUGUAUAUUUGCCAAAGGUAGCAAAAGAAUUUUCAGCAUUGGAGAUCCUUUCAUAUCUACAUAGAUUCCAUUUUAUAGAUGUAGAUGAUAUAUUUUAAAAGUUGACCUUAGGUUGUUUUCCCCUUUACAAACAAUGCCACAGCAAAUAGCCUUGUACAUUUUCUAUUUUGCAUGUGUGCACAAUUAUAAAUAAUGCCUAGAGAGGAAUUGCUGGGUAUGCACAUUCUUAAUUUUAAUAGACAUUGCUAAGUUUUUCUCCAAAGAGUUUCUUUAAUUCAUUCUUUCAUUCAUUCAUUCAUUCAUUCAGUAUUAUGUACUUAAUGAGCACCUACUGCAUGCUGAACCUGUACUAUUCUAGAGUCUGGGGAUGCAGCAGUAUAUACAACAAACCUUGCCUUUACGAAGUUUACAGUCUAGUUGGAGAAGAGAGAAAUACGUACAGUAGGUUCCUAUGAUAAGUGCUUAGAUUUAAAAACUGGGUAAAAUUGGGUAAAAAGGGAACAAUGGAGGGAAUGAGAGGCACUGAUUUUGAUAGGGUAAUAAGAGAAGGCCUCACUGAAAAGGUGACAUUUGAACAAAGGCCUGAAGGAGGUAAGGAAAAAUUGAUGUGCAUUUCAGGGGUGGUGGAGAAAGGUAUGUGCAUAGGUGCUGGGGCUGGAAUGUGUUUGGCAUAUUUGAGGGAGAGCAAGGAGGCCAAUGUGGCUAAUACAGAUAGAGCAAGACAAAUAUGGUAGAAGAUGAGGUUUGAGUGUAUUUUACCAAAGCAUAGUACUUACCAUAAAGGUUGUACCAACUUAAAACUAUCACCAGUACACAAGAGUAAUCUGUUUUCCCCACAUACUCAUCAACAGAGAGUUAUCAAACUUGUUGAUCUUUGCCAAUGUCAUAACUUAAAAAUGGUAGCUCAUAGUUUUGAUUUGCAUUUCUCUUAUGAGUGAGACUGAGUUUAAGAGGCAUUUUAAUGAAAUAAAUGUUAUGUCCUUUGCUCAUUUUUCUCUUGGGUCACUGCUCUUUUUCUUACUAAUUUGUAAAAAAGUCUUUAUUCAGGAAAAUAGUCCUUAGUCUAUGAUACGAGUUGCAGAUAUUUCCACUUUGUCAUUUGUUUUUUUUUUACUUUGUUCAUGAUAUUUUUUCCAGGCAGAUUUUUUUCCAAGUCAAAUUGACCAAUAUUUUUCUCUGUGCUUCUGCAUUUUGUGUCAUAUAUAGAGAGGCAUUUUUUACUCCAAGAUAUUUUUAAUCCCAUGAUUUUUUUUUUUCUAUACAGGAAUUUAUUUUGGUAUAAAAUGUGAAAUUUGAUUCCAAUUUUACUUUUUUCCAAAUGCCCAUCCAACACCACUAUCAAUUGAAUUACCCAUCUUUUCUUGAUUUUAAAUGCAUCCUUUAUCAUAUACUAAGUUCCCAUUUGUAUCAAAAUAGUUAUCUUUUGAUUAUAUUAAUGUAAUCUGCAGCACACUUCCCAGUCCAUGUUUUUUUUAAUGUUUAUUGAGCACGUCUCCUGUGUUCACUAAACUAAAGCUAUAGAAAGAUACAAAAUGGGCCAUAAAUUU